UGUAAACAGUUUUUAAGUGCAAAUGUUUACUAAUAUUUGGCAGUGAAUUCCAUACAAUCUGAUUGAAUUGUUUUUGAUUGUAAGCAGUUAAAAUGCAGAAGAUUAAUAGAUUAAUAGUGUUUAUUGGAGUUUUUAGUGGUUAUUUGGCUGCAACAGAUAUACCAUCUUUUAUGCACAUAUGUCAUAAAAGUAGCCCGGAUACUAAAGCAUGUAUUAAGGAUUCUGUGGAAGCACUCAGACCACAAUUGCAAAAUGGUAAUCCUGAGUAUAAUAUCCCCAGCGUGGAACCAAUUGUUAUCGAUGAUCUCAUUAAGGACACUUCUGGUCCAUUAAAACUAGAAACUACUCAGGUAGUUGCCUAUGGUGGAGGAAAUUAUGAAAUUAUUGACAUAAUCCCAGAUUUUGAGAAAUAUAGUUUCGAAUCUGAUAUUAAUAUACCAACAUUACGAAUCGAAGCAAAAUAUCGUAUCGACGGAAAAGUGUCAGUGGUAGCAGUACGUGGUGAAGGAACAUUUCAUGCCAACUUAACAAAUUGUCGCAGUCGAUCAACACUGGUCGGAAAACAGGUUCAAAGAGACGGUGAAAAUCAUCUGGAAUUUGUUGAGAACAAAAUGAAAGUCACCGUUGGUGGAGGAAAUGUGUUAUUGGACAAUUUGUUUAACGGCGAUAAAAUAUUAACCAAACUGAUAAAUGAUGUGGUCAAUGACAAUCUACAAACGUUCCUAAAGGAUUUAAUGCCGUUUAUUGAAGCUGGUUUAGCUAAAAACUUCAUGAACACUGCGAAUCAAAUUGUCGGACCGUACACGUGUGAACAAUUAUUCCCAGAAUAAUAUUUUACUGUUUACUUUGUUUGCGAACAUGUUGGUUGUUGUUUUUGUACUCUGGAGUUAAUAUAUUGAUACUAGACAAAUAAAUAAUGCAUACUUUCGUUACUUAA